GUUAAGCGGUAAACAUGUUUUAGAAAAAUAGCUCUUCCGUAUUUAAAGUUAUAAAAUAAAUUGAAAAUAUCACAAAGCAAGAAAAAAAAAAUAACUUAACGUCUCACUAUUACAUUAUAACAAAUCAUUAAAGAAGAAAAAAUAAAAUAACGAAAAAUUAUCUUAACGCUUGUAACGUUUACGUAUCUCACACUUGGAUUACGGGUUUACGGUGUUCGUUUAACAAGCAUUUUAUCACUAAAUACAAACAAGUGACUUUAUUUAUAAAACAAAAAUUUCAAAAAAUGUUAAUUUCUUUUUAAUAAAAAAAAAACAAACAACCAAAACAAAAAAAAACUUUACAAAAAUGAAAGAAUAAUCAAGUGUUGUGGUCAUUAAAACCUUAAACAUAUAAAAAUUAACAACCAAUUACAAAAAAUAAAAAUAAAGAAAUUUUUCUUAAAAAUAAAAAGAAAAUUUCUUCAUUCAACAACAACAAAAAAUCAUUCACACUCAACAUUCAUAGCAAAAUGUCAACAAAAAUGUCUUUAACAACUUUAAACGCCUGCGCUCUUCUUAUCCUAAGCAUUGUCAGCGGCGCCUGCUCACAAUGUUCUUGGGAAUUUGUACGCACUACCAUGGAUAUCAAGUGCAAUUUACGUGCCAUCGAUGCCUCACAACCUUUGGACUUACAAGUAGCCGAAACUGCCACUAGAUUAGAAAUUUCCUGCUCCUCGGAUGUUUUGUAUGCCAGUGAAUUGUCUAGCAAUACUUUUAAUCGCUUGCAAAAAUUAUCCGAUUUACAAGUGGCCAAUUGUAAGAUGCAACGUUUAAAUGCCAAUGCCUUUGAGGGUUUAAUGUCGUUGAAACGUUUGUCGGUGCAGACCCACAAUGCCGUCUGGGGUCCCGGUAAAACUUUGGAAAUUUUGCCACAAUCGUUUUAUGGUUUGCGCGAGUUAAACGAAUUGAAUUUAAGUGAUAAUAAUAUACGUCAAUUGCCCGAGGGUGUUUGGUGUGCCAUGCAAAAUUUACAAGUUUUGAACUUGACCGCGAAUCGUAUACGUUCGGCUGAAAGUCUCGGUUUUUCGGAAAAACUUUGUACCCUUAAUGGCGCUAGCGGUGGUGCUGAAUUGCAAGUGUUGGAUGUUUCCUUUAAUGAAUUGAGAGCCUUGCCUGAUGUUUGGGGUGCCUCACGCUUGAGACGUCUGCAGCAGUUGAAUUUACAGCACAACAACAUUUCCUCCUUGGCUGCCAAUGCCUUGGCUGGUUUGUCUUCUUUGCGCAUUUUGAACUUGUCCUACAAUCAUUUGGAAACUUUGCCCGCCGAUGCCUUUGCUGGCAAUAAAGAACUCAGAGAAAUCCAUUUGCAAGGCAAUGAAUUGUAUGAUUUGCCUAAAGGUUUGCUACACCGUCUAGAACAAUUAUUGGUUUUGGAUCUGAGUGGCAACCAAUUGACUUCUCAUCAUGUGGACAACAACACCUUUGCUGGUUUGAUGCGCUUAGUUAUUCUUAAUCUAGCCAAUAAUGCCUUGACUCGUAUCGGUUCUAAAACCUUUAAGGAAUUGUAUUUCUUGCAAAAUCUCGAUUUGCGCAACAACUCUAUUGGUCAUAUUGAAGAUGGUGCCUUUUUGCCUUUGUAUAACCUACACAUCCUCAACUUGGCUGAAAAUCGUUUACACACCUUGGACAACAAAAUCUUCAAUGGCUUAUAUAUUCUCACCAAAUUGACUUUGAACAAUAACUUGAUCAGCAUUGUAGAGAAUCAAGCCUUCCGCAAUUGUUCUGAUUUGAAAGAACUCGACUUAAGCUCCAAUCAGUUGGCUGAGGUGCCAGAAGCUGUACAAGAUUUGAGCAUGCUGAAAACUUUAGAUUUGGGUGAAAAUCAAAUUUCCGACUUCAAAAACAACACCUUCAAGAAUUUGAAUCAAUUGACCGGUUUGCGUUUGAUUGACAAUCGCAUUGGCAACAUUACUGUGGGCAUGUUCUCCGACUUGCCUAGAUUAAGUGUUUUGAAUUUGGCCAAAAAUCGCAUACAAUCCAUUGAACGUGGCGCCUUUGACAAGAAUACCGAAAUUGAGGCCAUACGCUUGGACAAAAACUUCCUCACCGACAUCAAUGGCAUUUUUGCCACUUUGGCUUCUCUGUUAUGGUUGAAUUUGUCUGAAAAUCAUUUAGUUUGGUUCGAUUAUGCUUUUAUUCCUUCCAACCUAAAAUGGUUAGAUAUCCAUGGCAAUUACAUUGAAGCCUUGGGCAACUACUAUAAACUGCAAGAGGAAAUCCGUGUCACCACUUUGGAUGCCAGCCAUAACCGCAUCACCGAAAUUGGAGCCAUGUCUGUACCCAACUCCAUUGAAUUAAUCUUCAUUAACAACAACAUCAUUAGCCAAGUACAACCUAAUACUUUUGUGGAUAAAUCAAAAUUGACUAGAGUUGAUUUGUAUGCUAAUGUCUUGUCAAAAUUACAAUUGAACUCUUUGCGCGUUGCCCCAGUAGCGGCUGAUAAGCCAGUACCCGAAUUCUAUUUGGGCGGUAAUCCCUUUGAAUGUGACUGCUCGAUGGAAUGGCUGCAAAGAAUUAACAAUAUGACUACACGCCAACAUCCCCGCAUUAUCGAUUUGGCUAAUAUUGAAUGUCUAAUGCCUCACAGUCGUAACGCCCCGAUUAGACAAUUGUCUUCGCUAUCCAGUAGUGAUUUUGUUUGCAAAUAUGAUUCUCACUGUCCCGCCACUUGCCACUGCUGUGAUUUCGAACAAUGCGAUUGUGAAAUGGUGUGUCCUGACAAUUGUACCUGUUUCCAUGAUGCUACCUGGUCGACGAACAUUGUCGACUGUGGGAAACAAAAUCGCAUUACUUUGCCGGUGCGCAUACCCCAGGAAGUUACCGACUUGUAUAUGGAUGGUAAUAAUCUGCCCGUUAUUGACAAUCAGGUGUUUGUGGGUAAGCGUAAUUUGAGAGCUCUCUACCUGAACUCUUCGAAUGUGGUGACCAUACAAAACGGUUCCUUCAGUGAGCUGACCAUGCUGCGCACUUUACAUUUGGAGAACAAUAAGUUGCAGUCUUUGGAUGGCAAUGAAUUCAAACAAUUGUCUUUGCUGAAAGAAUUGUACUUGCACAAUAACUUGCUGACUACUAUUGCCAAUAGUACUUUUGCUCCUUUGGUUUCUUUGAAGGUAUUGCGUUUGGAUAACAAUCGUUUGACCUCCAUGCCUAUUGCUCAAUUGGCUAACUUGCAGUAUCGCAAUAAUUUGCAGGGUUUGACUAUGGGCCGUAAUGCCUGGUCUUGCCGUUGUCAAUUCUUGCAGGCUUUGGCUCAAUUUGUGGCUGAUAAUGCUAUUGUUAUACGCGAUACCCAAGAUAUUUACUGUGUGGAUAAUGGUGUUAAGCGUGAAUUGGAUUUGUUCACCCAACAUGGUGUCGAGUGCAGUGAAUUAAUGGAAAAUGCUGCCAAUAUGGCUUCUCAGGAUAUCUCGGGUGGUUAUGUGCCACUUUUGGCUGCUGUUUUGGUAUUGAUUUUCCUGAUUGUGGUUUUGAUUAUUGUCUUCGUCUUCAGAGAAUCGGUAAGAAUGUGGUUGUUUGCCCAUUAUGGUGUCAGAGUAUGUGAGCCUAGAUUUGAGGAUGCCGGCAAAUUGUACGAUGCCAUUAUCUUGCAUUCCGAAAAGGAUUAUGAAUUUGUAUGCCGCAACAUAGCCACCGAAUUGGAACAUGGACGUCCUCCUUUCCGUCUAUGCAUACAACAAAGAGAUUUGCCACCCCAAGCCAGUCAUUUACAAAUAGUCGAAGCUGCCCGUGCCUCACGCAAAAUUAUAUUGGUUUUAACACGCAAUCUUUUGGCCACCGAAUGGCAACGUUUGGAAUUCCGCAAUGCCUUCCACGAAGCCUUAAGAGGUUUGGCCCAAAAGUUGGUGAUCAUUGAGGAGACCAAUGUAUCGACUGAAGCUGAAGAUGUAGCCGAGCUUUCACCUUAUUUGAAAUCAGUGCCUUCCAAUCGUUUACUCACCUGUGAUCGUUACUUCUGGGAGAAAUUGCGUUAUGCCAUACCAAUUGAAUUAUCGCCCAGAGGCAACAACUAUACCUUGGAUCAUCAUGAACGCUUCAAGCAGCCCGUCUCACCUGGAGUACUCUUCAGACAAGCACCACCACCACCUGCCUACUACCAAGAAGAUAUGGAAGCUAAUUACUCGUCAGCCACCACUGCCACACCCUCUCCAAGACCCACCCGUCAUGGUCAACGUAUUGUUGAUGCCAUACCCAUGAGACCACCUAGUGAACAUAUCUAUCAUAGCAUAGAAUCUGAACAUUACUAUGAUCAACAUGAGGCCUUGUCCAUGAUACCCAAUGGCAUGUCAGCUCAUCAUCAUCAUCCCCAUCAUCAGCAUUUAGCUCCUCCUUCAGCUAGUAAUGCCUUUCGUCAAUCAAACAACCCUCGUUUGUCUUUGAAUGCUGGUCAACAACAACAGUGGCGACCCUCCAUGUUAAUGCAACAAAAUGCCAACCAACAGCCAGCCACAGCCCCUGUACAUUUACGCAGUGGUAGCAAUUUAAGUCAAUGUAGUACCAGCACACAAUCCACAGCCGCGCUGGCGCAAACACCUCAACCACAAGCUUCCACUUCCGCUGCGGCGCAAUUACAGCAGCAACAACAACUACAGCAAGCAGCUGGUAAUAAUAAUACAGGUGUGACUAGCGGCACAAAUAAUUCCACCACCAUUAAUUCAAAUUCUGCUGAAGCAGUGGCAACAACAACAACAGCAACGUCCUCUGCCACAACAGCGAAUAAGAAUAAUAAUCAAGCUUUUUUAGUGUAGAAAAAACUUAAAAAGGGAAACAGCAGCAACAACAAUAUGGUGCAACUACCAAACAGGGAAGGGGAUCAAACUCUAGCAGCCAUUUAUAAA